UAAGCUAGUGACAAACCAAUGCAGAUGACCAUAGGACUUUGACACUGUUGGUUUCCAGUUCACUCGGCAAUAGGAAACCUUUCAAAAUCAGUGUAAUUUCAAAUGUUACAUAUUUUUAUUAUGUUUUGAGUAUUUGGAAUCAAACUUCUUUCUUGCGGUUAAAAGGUUGGCUGAUAUUUCAGUUUGAAGGAAAUAUGAACCAAGAGUGAGAUCAACAGAAGAAUUAAACUGAACAAGACUCUUAAGGAGUAAAUAAGCAAGAUGGAGGAAAUCAAAUACAGAGGGAAGAAAAGAGAGGGAAGACACAGGGAUACGUGGGAUCCGUUCCAGCUAAACCCAAUCGGAGCUGAGAAGGAGAGCAAGAGAAGAUGUUUCCAACUGGCCCAGUACAUGGUGGCUGUUCUUGUUGGUUUAGCCGUCUUGACCAGCGCCGUCGUUGCAAAGGGCUCUCUCUUGGUAUUAUCAACCUUGUCGAGUCCAACCUCCAUGCGAAGCCCAAAGGAAAAGCAGUUCUACAUGCUGAUGUUGGUUUUCUGCCUGGUCUUCCCCAACAUCCUGGUGUUUAUGAAGUCACUGUGGAGGUGUGCCUUCAAGAGCUUUGUAAAACCCAACAUGAAGACCAUGUCGUUUAUAUUUGCCAUUGAGUGUCUGGUGUCUCUUGGUACUUCGACCCUGGUGCUAGUGGUCAUGCCUCAGUUUGAUGUGUUGACCAAUCUCUUCAUCAGCGGAGGAGUCUGUAUUGUUUCUGCCAUUCUGCAGAUAAUAUACAGACUACAGAGAGAAACAUGGAAAAUCGUGUUCCCGAUCUGCUCCCUCAUUCUUACAGUCGCUGGUUACUGCCUCCUGGGGAUCGACUACUAUGUGCGUGUGUCAUCAUUCGUGGAUCGACAGAGCGCCGACUGCUUCAUCUACGUUGGAAUUGGAAUUUUCGCUUCCCUCCUGGUCUCUCUGUGCUGGUGGGAAAAUCCGCUGCAAGCUACUAAUAGCAUGCAGGAAACGCUGACAGAAUUGGAUGGUUUCAGGGACUUUGUGUUUGUCAUCAGCAGUAUUCUGAGGAUACUAGUGAUCGGAGCGGUGUACCUAAUCUACCAUGUGCUCAUUGAGAAAUCCAUCACCUGGUCAGACUUUAACCUGCAGGAUAAGGACUGGGAAUUACUGCAGAUAGGACUGGUGCUGCUAUUCCUACAGGCCUUCUGCUCAGCAGCGUGCCACUGGUUCGGUGUGGUGGCCUGUAAGAUUCAUUCAGUCAAGAUGAGUUUUGCGCUGCCAGUUUGUUUCACAGGACCCGCGGUGCUCCUGCUGGGACUCAUUCUUUUCAUAACGCAGGCACAAAGUCUACAGGGAGCACAGAGCGGGAGCAUCACAGAGUUUUGUGAAAGCCUCAUCCACUUGAACAAUAAGAACACAACCCCUGUGGUUUUACUGGAAAUCACAAGGAGCAUUUGUCGGACUUCACUUAACAGCUAUUACUUGCAAUGGCCUUUUUCAAUGCUGGCACUGGAGGGAGUGUGCAUGUGGUCGGGCUUCGUCUCGUGUACCUACUAUGUAUGGAAGAUCAAGGUCCAGCGCAUAGAGAGAACCUCUCAGCUCUUUGUUCGCCGACUCUAUGAAUCCGCUUUUAUUGACCUGUCUCUGCUGCUCAACACCAAGAUGAAGGUGCCGCGAGCCCAAAACCAAGAGAGCGGUGAUGACAUGCAGAAAUGUGUGAUCUAUCUCUGCGCCACCAUGUGGCAUGAGACCUACGAUGAAAUGCUGAAAAUUCUCACCUCUAUGUUCAGGCUGGACCGCUACCGAGGAGAUCCAAAUAAGGAACAUAGCGACUGUUUUGACUUUGAGUGUCACAUUUAUGUAGAUGAUGCCUUCAUGACUGAAAAGGAAACAGGACAUAGGCUGGUUAACUCUUACGUUACUGACUUGAUCCAUGUGGUCAUAGAGGUUUACAGGGUGUUUACCAACAAAGAACCAGAUGAUGUGUCGAUCAUUAUGACCCCCUACGGUGGCAGGAUGAUGUUUGUUAUGCCAGAUGGCAACAUGCUCUACGUUCAUCUAAAAGACAAGAAUCUCAUCAAGAACAAGAAACGGUGGUCCCAGAUCAUGUACAUGUACUAUCUACUCGGCUGGAAGGGCUACAUCGUCAAGAACCCUCAAAAGAUGACACGCCAGCACAACCCAUCGAGGGAGAGCAUGGUCUCCAUGUAUGGAGAUAUUUUUGUGCUGCCCCAGCAUGACAAUGACUACAAGAGAAAAUUCAUCUCAGAUGACAACACUUACAUCCUGGCUCUGGACGGAGACACAGACUUCCAACCAAAAGCUGUGAUUCUGCUUGUAGACAGGUUGAGGAUGUAUAGCAACGUAGGUGCAGCAUGUGGUAGGAUCCAUCCGACUGGCAUGGGUCCCAUGGUGUGGUACCAGAAGUUUGAGUAUGCAGUGGGCCAUUGGCUACAGAAGACAGCAGAGCACGUGCUUGGCUCCGUGCUGUGCAGUCCAGGAUGCUUCAGUCUGUUUAGAGGAUCAGCUCUAAUGGAUGAUAAUGUGAUGAAGAGAUACACAACUACUGCAACCAGAGCUUCGGAAUAUGUGCAGUAUGACCAAGGGGAGGAUCGUUGGUUGUGUACUUUGUUACUGCAACAAGGGUGGCGUGUGGAAUACAAUGCUGCAUCAGAUGCAUACACCAACUCACCAGAAGAGUUCAAAGAGUUUUAUAACCAGAGGAGACGAUGGGGACCAUCUACACUGGCUAAUACACUGGACCUUCUGCACAGUGGUCCGGAAACAGUGAAGAGAAAUUCAUCCAUCUCCAGGCUUUACAUCUUCUACCAGAUGUUCACCGUCGGCUCCUCUAUCCUUGGUCCAGCCUCUGUGACUCUCAUGAUAGCAGGUGCCUUCCAGUUCGUCUUCAGAAUCGCUGGCACAACUUCCAUCAUCAUCGCAAGCGUUCCUCCUGUGUUCUACAUCAUCGUCUGUUUUGUCGCCAAGGCCAAUAACCAGAUCACCAUUGCCGCCAUCAUGAGUAUUCUGUAUGCAUUCCUCAUGACUGCAUCUUUUUUUUCUAUCAUUGGUGACAUGGUGGUACAGGGCACCUUCCUGACUCCUACCGGCCUGUUUUUGGUUUCGAUGGCCAUCAUGUACGCCGUGACAGCGAUACUGCACCCAGAGGAAUGGGGAAUGAUCAUCUAUGGUCUGAUGUAUUUCAUCUGUAUCCCCAGUGGAUACCUACUGCUGACCAUCUACUCACUGGUUAACAUGCACAUUGUGUCGUGGGGCACAAGGGAAUCCAGCAAGGGAGAAGGAGAGGUGAAGAAGAACCAUAAUAUGCUGUGUGACAGAAACUGUACCCUCUGUUGCUGGGACGUGAAGUUACAGGUAACACAGGAAUCAGAGAAGCUGAUGCUUCUUCACAUGCCAGGCCAGACUGCCCAACAAACUCCUGCCCUUGGCAUUACCAACCCGUACUCAUUAAUUCAAAAUGCAGAGCCUGAAGCCACAGUUGAUACAAAAACAGAAAAAGAUGUUGAAGAAGUUAAGAAACAUCCCGGGGACAAACACAAGGGGAUGGUAGUAAAAGGCAACGACGCUGCUUCCGUGAGCAGUGACGACACACUCUACAAAAACAGCAUAACACCAAGCCUCUCCGACCAGGGGGAUGUCGAGGAGGAUGACGACUUAAUGAUCGCUGCCAUUGGAGAAAAAGAGCUUACUGUAAAAGAGUGGGUAAAGCCAGUGAAAGAAGAAUUUUUGAAGAAGCUGACUUAUGCCAACAUGAAGAGAAACCUACAGGAACAAAUACGAUACACAUUCCAUAACAACAAAGAUGCGGAUGACGUGUGUGAGGAGUUGGUCCUGAUGUUAACAGACACUCUUAGCAGAGAGCUAAGUGGAGUGGGGCCGGAAGACGUUCUGCCAGAAACCAAGCUGGAGGAGUUAGGAUGUUCUCUGGAAGAGCAUGCUCGGCGCAUCCUCAGAAUCAAUCAAAUGGAGAACUUAGAAGAUCGAGUCAAGGUAGCGAUCAAGAAAACGCUCACGGCACCGCAAAUAAAAAACCUGGACGAGGGUGAGCAGGACUUCUGGAACAAGUUACUCGAACGCUACUUGACGCCCAUCGUUGACACCAAAGCACACACGGAGGAAAUCACCAGAGAACUCAAGUCACUGCGCAACAAGGCUGUGUUCCUGUACUUCAUCAUCAACGUGCUGUGGGUGGUUGCCACUUACUUCCUGCAGGCCAUCGGAACCGACGUCCUCAGCAUCAAGAUCCCGAAGUUAUUUCCAAACGGAACUGAAACUGGACAAAACCUCAACGUGGAGCCUCUCAGUUUGAUGUUCCUGUUUUCUUUUGCCAUUCUUCUCAUUAUCCAGUUUGUGGCCAUGUUAUAUCACAGAGUCUACACUCUGAUCCACGUGGUUGCAUAUCGCAGCUCGGAGAAAAACUACAAAGAGAAAAUUGAGGAGGAAGAAGAUGAUUGUUUGACUCUGGAGAACGAAGAUGGACUUUCGUUUAGCAAUGAUGACCUGUAGUCCAUAGCAACCCACUGAAACCAGUGAAAGCCAGCGACCAGCACGCCUCGGCAUCACCUGCAGCAACCCCAACAGCAGGGCUGGCAUCAUCACUCCAUCUUCGUUUCAGCUUUCACAGAGCAUCAAAUUCUGUGAAUGUUAGUGGUGGACCAGUGUAGAGUGCCAGGACAUCAUCUAAUUAUGUUCUACAUAACAGGGUUUUAGCAUUCUUUAAUGGUCAAGUGAUUUGUUUGACUGCAACUGUUAAGACAUGCACAUAUCGUAUCUUAAAAGGUGGUUGAAUGCAUCAAGUGCCCAAACUGAUGGAUAAUAUUAUCUAGAUCCAGGGUUGAUAGAAUUGAACAACAUCCAUGUAGAGGACCCACUUAACAUAAUUAAGAAAAUCGUGGUAGUUUAGGUUUUUAUGUGCUUGCCCCCAGUUGUUUGUUUUUUUAAUCACAUUGAGAUGGAACCACAUUUUUUGGUCCAAAUAAAUGUAUUUGAGCUCCUUGUCAAUUAAUUUAAAUAAAAUCUGUAAAUAUGAUUUUCCAAGAAAAUGACAGUCUAAGACUUUUGAAACAAUGAAACAUUUGCAAAUAAAAUAUUGCGACAAAUACUGUCAACAUUUCAUUAUUAGCCCUUGCAUAUUUUAAAACCCGGUUUCCUUUUUUAAAUGUUGUCUAGAUGGUAACAUUGCAAUUAUGUAAACAAAUUGUAAAAAGGCACUUAUUGAAGUGAUACAAUCUUCAGGUACCUAAUUGGUGAAUUCAAUUUUAUAAAACCAAAAGUGGAUGAUCUCUGUAUUAUAAAUGAAAUAAAACUAGCAGCAAAUA